CGACAACAACACCAAAACAAACUCAGUCGACGUCAAAGACAAGAAUCAGCAACAUGUUGGACUUUUUCGCUGUUAUUACCAAGGGCGGCCUGGUGCUAUGGUAUUUUCAGGAUGCCGCCCAGCAACUGAAGACGUCCAUCGAUGCCAUUAAUGCUCUCAUCAGGAAUGUUGUGCUACAGGAACGAGGAGGAGGUGGCUACUACGAUCAUGGAAACUUAGCACUAAAGCAACACAUGGACAAUGAAUUUGAUUUACUCUUUGUUGCUGUGUAUCAGAAAAUAUUACAGCUCUCGUAUGUUGACAAGUUUCUUUCUGAUAUUCAGAGAGAGUUUAGGGACCGUUUCAGGGACCAGCUGAAGGAAGGGCAAUACUAUCAGAGUUUUGAAUUUUCUGAUGAAUAUGGAAGGAUACUCCGUCAAGCAGAAGAGGAAGCGAGGAUGAUGAAAGCGGAGCACCGCAAACCUCGGUCCUUCCAAGAGUCCAGCAAGGCCCAUAAGACGGUUUCAUCCAUGAUUAAACAGCGGGAUGAACCAAAGAAAGCCUCGAAGAAGAAGGAGGGUAAAGAAAAUCGCGUUGAGGAAGUAGAAGAAGUGGAGGAAGAGGAGGAAGAAGAGGAGAUCACCAUUAAUGAAAAUGGUGUUGGUAAUGAGGAAGAAGAAGUAGAAGAAAUUCAUGACGAUUUGAAUGAAGAAACAAUUCGCAAGAACCUUGAAAAACUUGCAAAUAAGAAACGAGGUACUCCGAAAGCCUCUAAGGUUGAAAAGACAAAGAGUCCAAAGCCUGCUAAAAAGGGCAAAGAAAAUCGUGUGUGGGACUUAUCAGGACGUGAUUCCAAGAGCCUCGAUUACUCAUCCAGGAAUGAUUCGGGAGCAGGAACUCAGUCAUCCUUGCGCCCUGAUUUCCUUCCGGACCAAUCUCAGAUUGGAACACUGUCCGGAAACCUUAGGGGAAUGGAUGUUCAAAACGAAAAGGAAUCCAAUGAUAAAAAAUCUAGUGGUGGAGGUGUAUUCUCCAUGUUCCGUGGCCUGGUGGGCGGCAAAAACCUGUCUGAGGCUGACAUUGAGCCAGUUCUGGAAAAACUUAAAGAUCAUCUUAUUGGCAAAAAUGUGGCUUCAGAGAUUGCUACUAAGCUUUGCCAGUCAGUUGGCAAAAAACUAGAGGGCAAAGUGGUUGGUACUUUUGAAGGAGUAUCAACUACAGUCCGCAAUACAUUAACGGAGUCCUUAGUGCAGCUGCUGACCCCAAAACGUCGUUUAGAUGUGCUUCGUGAUGUAGUAGAAGCAAAGACCAGUGGCCGUCCUUACACAAUGGCCUUUUGUGGUGUGAAUGGUGUUGGCAAGUCCACCAAUUUAGCCAAGAUCUCAUUCUGGCUGAUUGAAAACAAUUUUCGUGUGUUGAUAGCUGCCUGUGAUACCUUCCGUGCUGGAGCUGUUGAGCAACUGCGCACACACAUGCACCACCUGAAUGCUCUUCACCCACCUGAGAAUCACAAGGGCAGGACAAUGGUCCAGCUUUAUGAACAGGGUUACGGUAAGGAUGCUGCGGAGAUUGCCCGCCAUGCCAUAGAAUUUGCACGCAAGAAUGAUUUCGAUGUAGUUCUUAUUGAUACUGCUGGGCGUAUGCAAGACAAUGAGCCACUCAUGAGGGCACUUGCUAAGUUGAUCCUUGUAAAUGAACCUGACCUAACCUUAUUUGUGGGUGAAGCACUUGUGGGCAAUGAAGCUGUGGACCAACUGGUAAAAUUUAACCGUGCCCUGGCAAAUCAUUCCACCUCAAACAAGCCCCAGGUCAUUGAUGGCAUUGUCUUGACCAAGUUUGACACCAUUGAUGACAAGGUUGGAGCAGCAAUUUCUAUGACCUACAUAACAGGACAACCCAUUGUCUUUGUGGGAUGUGGCCAGACUUACACUGACCUGCGCAGGCUUGAUGCCAAGGCAGUUGUUAACUCACUCAUGAAGUAAACUCAAAAGUGGCUGUGAAAGAAGGGAAGUGUUAGGAUCUUAUGGUGGCAACAGGUUUCAUUAAUUAUAUUGAAAUUAGGCAUUUUCCUGUUGCCUAUUCACGUAUAAACUGUUGUUUAACUUUCUCAGUAGAAGGCUAUUUUACCUCUCAGAAAGUUUUUGUAACAAAGUGUGUGAUUAUUGAUUUGAUAGGAUGAUCCACUUUGUAAGAUUAUGGUAUGUGAAGUCACAAGAAUUAUUUCAAUUGUAUAUGGAAAGUUAGGCCUUUCUUUAUAGGAAGCCAACUGUUAUGUACUGUAUUUAGCUUAAUAAAGAAAGAAUUUACCGAUGUUUACUCAGAUAUGAAUAAUUAAACAUUGUAUGUUUUAAAUAUGUUCUUACAUGCCAUAUAUAUUUGUGAUACAGAAUUUAUUGUUUUACAGAUAACUGCAUUUUUCAGUAUUGAGUGUAUUUCAUUUAAAUUGUAAUAAUCGAAAUAUUGUGCUUAACAGACAGUAUAUUUUGUUUACCCCUUGUGCCACCAUUGUUGAGACCUGAUAGAUUUGCAGUGACAGAAGCUAUGUGGACUGUGCAUUAUUUACCUAUAACUGCUCAUGCAUUAUAUCCAUAACUAAAAGAAAUUGCCAGCGUUUACAGAAGGGUUGUUCCUGGUAAAAUAACUACCAUGAGAAUGUACAAAAAAUACAGAGAAAAUAUU